CGGUUUCUUGCUCGAAUCAUUUAAGACCAUAAUUAUUUUGGUAGAUGGAGAGAGACAUUAUUGUGUGAUUGUGAAUCUUAGCCGAUAGUAUUAUUAUCUUUGUACUAUUUGCGAUUUGUGAAAAUUCAACGUAUUCAUUUUCUUCAACCAAAGUUCAGAGAGAGUGUGAAUCACCAUUGAGCGUUUGGAUAAAAGGACGAACUUUUUCUCUAAAUCGCCCCUGAUAAUCUUCUCCACAAAUCUUGUAAAUCUUUUCUUCUGUGCAAGUGCAAGAGAAGGCAAGGAGAAAAAGAGGAUCAGUUAUGAGUGAAGAAAAAAGGGAAACCCAUCACCACCACGAGCAGCCCUAUCCGCCGCCGUACGGAACCUUCCAGGGCGUCGCCAACCACCCGCCGCCGACGGCGAUAGGCUUUCCUCAGCCUGUUCCGCCGCCUGGAGCUUCCGGUGCCCCGCCACCGCCUCAGUACUAUGCUCACGGUUAUCAAGCUGUCCCAGUUUAUAGUGUUGCAGAAGGAAGACCCGUAAGGGAACGCCGCCUUCCUUGCUGUGGCAUUGGCAUCGGCUGGUUCUUGUUCAUUAUUGGAUUCUUCCUGGCUGCAAUUCCAUGGUAUGUUGCAGCAGUGCUUCUCUUGUGUUCAAGAAUCGAUCCUCGUGAGAAACCGGGAUAUGUUGCUUGCGCUAUUGCUGCUGUGUUAGCCACAAUUGCGAUUGUGUUUGGGCUGACAAGUAUCGAUUGACGGGGAAAGAUUGAACUCAUCUGAUAAUUUCCCGGAGAUUAUAUUUGUAGUGUUUUUCAUACUAUUUAAGAUAAGCCGACUCUACAAUUUUCAGCCGGAUAAAUUUAUCAUAUUUUCCCGGUUGGAAGCACUGAAUACCUUUUUAAUGUAUACAUAUAUAUAAUUAAAGAAUUUGCAAAUACUCCUUGGUUUGAAGAGUGUUGAAUGUUGAUAUCAAUCAACUACUGUGAAACAUGAAUUUUAGCUAGUAUUUGUGUAUUGUGAAGCAUGAAUUUUAGUUGAUAUUUGUGAAUUAUUGAAUAGUGAAGUAUAUAUUCAUACAUGUACUCAAACUAGCAUAUCGUUAGAGUUGGCUAAAAUGAUAUGUUAUGUCAAAAAGGCAAACACAAAUUGUAUGAUGAGCUAGGCUAACCGUUAGGUUGGCAAACUCAUAAUACUAUUUCAAUAAAAGUAAAAAAAUGUAUUAUUAUAUUGUGAAAAAUGAUGCUUUUGUCUAAUAUUUUUUUUUUCCUUUUUAAGUAUGGUAUAAAAGUGUGCAUAUUUGCUUAAAAUGUAUAACUAAUUGUCUGUUAGGCCUAUAAUGUUAUAAAUAUUAGGAUGUCAACAAUACUAUUUAGAAUAUUAUAAUAUUACUAGUCUUGAGUCUGUGUGCAGAAAAAUGGUGAU